CCCUGCGACCCCCCCGGGCCGGCGAGCCCAGUGGUUAGCGAUGCUGUGGCUGCGGCUGCUGCUGCUGCUGGGGGCGCCGCGGAGCCUCGCCCGGGGCGCGGUGGCCGCGCUCAGCCCCGAGCCGGUGCCCGGGUGGCAGGAUAAAGGAAUGUUCCUUAUCCAGAGUGAGAGCCUCAAGAAAUGCAUUCAAGCAGGCAAAUCUGUACUGACCCUGGAGAACUGCAAGCCACCAAACAAGCACAUGCUUUGGAAAUGGGUUUCAAACCACCACCUCUUUAACAUAGGAGGCAGUGGUUGCCUGGGCCUGAAUUUAUCUAAUCCAGAGCAGCCAUUAAGCAUAUAUGAGUGUGAUUCCACUCACGUUUCCUUGAGAUGGCACUGUAACAAGAACAUGAUCAUAGGCCCUCUCCAGUACACAGUCCAGGUGAAUGACAACAAUAUGCUUGUGGCCUCAUGGAAAUAUCUUCAUAAGUGGAUUUCCUAUUUGUCAGAUGGUGGAAGCAUUUGUGAAUAUCUGCACAAAGAUAUGUACACAAUCAAAGGGAAUGCCCAUGGGAUGCCGUGCAUGUUUCCUUUCCAGUAUAACCGACAGUGGCAUCAUGAAUGCACCCAGGAAGGGCGGGAAGACGACUUACUGUGGUGUGCCACGACAAGCCGCUAUGAAAGAGAUGAGAAGUGGGGAUUUUGCCCAGAUCCCACGUCCACAGAGGUGGGUUGUGAUGCUGUCUGGGAGAAGGAUCUCAAUUCACACAUUUGCUACCAAUUCAACCUGCUUUCCUCUCUUUCCUGGAGUGAGGCACAUUCUUCAUGCCAGAUGCAAGGAGGAGCUUUACUCAGCAUUGCGGAUGAGAACGAAGAAAAUUUCAUAAGGAAGCACUUGGGCAGUGAAGCAGUGGAAAUGUGGAUGGGUCUGAAUCAGCUGGAUGAAAAUGCUGGCUGGCAGUGGUCGGAUAGAACACCACUCAACUAUCUGAACUGGAACCCAGAAAUAAAUUUUGAGCCAUUUGUUGAAUAUCACUGUGGAACAUUUAAUUCAUUUUUGCCAAGUGCCUGGAGGAGUAGAGAUUGUGAAUCCACCUUGCCUUAUAUAUGUAAAAAAUACCUAAACAACACUGAUCAAGAAGUGAUUGAAAAAGAUGCUUGGAAAUAUUACACUACCCACUGUGAACCUGGCUGGAAUCCCCAUAGUCAUAACUGCUAUAAACUUCAGAAAGAAAAAAGGACCUGGAAUGAAGCUUUGCAUUCUUGCCAGUCUGAUAACAGCACAUUGAUAAACAUUGCUUCAUUAGCAGAUGUGGAGUUUUUUGUAACCCUCCUUGGAGAUGAAAAUGCAUCAGAAACAUGGAUUGGUUUGAGCAGCAAUAAAAUUCCAGUUUCCUUUGAAUGGUCUAAUGGCUCCUCAGUCACCUUUACUAAUUGGCACACACUUGAGCCCCAAAUUUUUCCAAAUGGAAGCCAGCAAUGUGUCUCAGCAGAGCAAUCUGAGGGACGCUGGAAAGUUAAAAACUGUGAAGAAACACUUUUUUACAUUUGUAAGAAAGCAGGCCAUGUCCUCUCUGACACUGAAUCAGGCUGUCAAAAGGGAUGGGAGAGACAUGGUGGAUUCUGUUACAAAAUCGACACUGUCCUUAGAACUUUUGACCACGCCUCCAGUGGUUAUCACUGUCCUCCUGCACUUGUGACCAUUACAAACAGGUUUGAACAGGCUUUUAUUACCAGUUUGAUCAGUAGUGUGGUAAAAACGAAGAACAGUUAUUUUUGGAUAGCUCUUCAAGAUCAAAAUGAUACAGGAGAAUACACUUGGAAGACGGCAUGGGGGCAGAAGUCUGAGCCGGUGCAGUACACACACUGGAAUGCACGUCAGCCUCGGUACAGUGGUGGCUGUGUUGUCAUGCGAGGAAGGAGUCCACCUGGUCGCUGGGAAGUGAAGGACUGCAGACAUUUUAAGGCAAUGUCCCUGUGUAAGCAACCAGUGGGAAAACAGGAGAAAACGGAGCAGGAAGAGAGAUGGCCCUUUCACCCCUGCUAUUUGGACUGGGAAUCAGAGCCUGGCUUGGCCAGCUGCUUCAAGGUAUUUCAUAGUGAAAAAGUCCUAAUGAAAAGAACGUGGAGAGAAGCAGAAGCAUUUUGUGAAGAAUUUGGAGCUCACCUUGCAAGCUUUGCUCAUAUUGAGGAAGAGAAUUUUGUGAAUGAACUUUUACAUUCAAAAUUUAAUAGGACAGAAGAAAGGCAGUUCUGGAUUGGAUUUAAUAAAAGAAACCCACUGAAUGCUGGCUCUUGGGAGUGGUCUGAUGGGACUCCUGUUGUCUCUUCAUUUUUAGACAAUACUUAUUUUGGAGAAGAUGCAAGAAAUUGUGCUGUUUAUAAGGCAAAUAAAACAUUGCUACCCUUACACUGCAGUUCCAAACGUGAAUGGAUAUGCAAAAUUCCAAGAGAUGUGAGACCCAAGAUUCCACCCUGGUACCAGUAUGAUGCACCUUGGCUCUUUUAUCAAGAUGCUGAGUAUCUUUUUCACACCUAUGCUGCAGAAUGGCCCUCCUUUGAGUUUGUUUGUGUCUGGCUACGUGGUGAUAUUCUCACAAUUCAUUCUGCACAUGAACAAGAAUUUAUCCACAGCAAAAUAAGAGCGCUAUCAAAGUAUGGUGUAAAUUGGUGGAUUGGACUUCGAGAAGAAAGAGCCAAUGAUGAAUUUCGCUGGAAUGAUGGAGCACCCGUAAUAUACCAGAAUUGGGACAAGAGAAGAGAAGGAUCUAUGAGUAAUCAGAGCCAACGAUGUGGCUUCAUUUCAUCUAUAACAGGACUCUGGGCUAGUGAAGAGUGUUCAGUUUCUUUGCCUGGCAUCUGUAAGCGAAAGAAGAUUUGGGUCAUAGAAAAAGAGAAAGAUACCCCAAAACAACAUGGAACAUGUCCCAAAGGAUGGUUAUAUUUUAACUAUAAGUGCCUUUUGAUGAAAAUCCCCAAAGACCCUAGUGAUUGGAAGAACUGGACAUCCGCUCAAGAUUUCUGUGUUGAAGAAGGCGGGACUCUAGUUGCCAUUGAAAAUGAGGUGGAGCAAGCUUUCAUUACUAUGAAUCUUUUUGGCCAGACCACUAAUGUGUGGAUAGGGUUACAAAAUGAUAAUUAUGAAAAAUGGCUAAAUGGAAAGCCUUUGGCAUACUCUAACUGGUCUCCAUUUGAUGUAAUAAAUAUUCCAAGUCAUAACACCACUGAAGUUCAAAAACAUAUUCCUCUCUGUGCUUUGCUAUCAAGUAAUCCUAAUUUUCAUUUCACUGGAAAAUGGUAUUUUGAAGACUGUGGAAAAGAAGGUCAUGGGUUUGUUUGUGAAAAAAUGCAGGAUACCUCAGGACACACUGUAAAUACAUCUGAUAUGUAUCCAGUCCCUGAUACCUUGGAAUAUGGAAACAGAACUUAUAAAAUAAUUAAUGCAAAUAUGACUUGGUAUACAGCAAUAAAAACCUGCCUAAUGCAUGGAGCAGAACUGGCCAGCAUUACAGAUCAGUAUCACCAGUCCUUCCUCACGGUUAUCCUCAACCGGCUAGGACAUGCCCACUGGAUUGGACUGUUCACUGCAGAUAAUGGUCUUAAUUUUGACUGGUCAGAUGGAACCAAAUCUUCCUUCACUUUUUGGAAAGAUGAUGAGUCCUCCAUCUUGGGUGACUGUGUUUUUGCUGACACCAGUGGACGCUGGAGCAGCACAGCCUGCGAGUCAUUUCUGCAAGGAGCAAUUUGUCAUGUACCUUCUGAAACAAAACAAUUUGGACAUCCAGAGUUGUGCUCAGAAACAUCAAUUCCCUGGAUAAAAUUCAAAAGUAAUUGCUACAGUUUUUCUACAGUCCUAGACAGUAUGAGUUUUGAGGCUGCUCAUGAAUUUUGCAAAAAAGAAGGAUCUAAUCUUUUAACAAUCAAGGAUGAGGAUGAAAAUUCAUUUCUCCUAGAAGAGCUUUUUGCUUUUGGUUCUUCUGUCCAGAUGAUUUGGUUGAAUGCUCAGUUUGAUGGUGACAGUAAAACCAUAAAGUGGUUUGAUGGAACUCCCACAGACCAGUCAAACUGGGGCAUUCGGAAGCCAGAGAUGGACCAUGUCAAACCCCAUCUGUGUAUUGCCCUGAGGAUCUCAGAAGGAGUGUGGCAGUUAUCCCCAUGUCAAGAAAAAAAAGGAUUUAUAUGCAAAAUGGAAGCAGGUCUUCAUGCAGUAAAGGAGCACUCAGGAAAAGGACCAAGUCAUAGUAUGGUGCCUCUUGCAGUAGCACUGACAUUGAUAGUAAUCCUGGCACUUUCCACCCUUUCCUUCUGCAUAUACAAGCACAAUAGAGGUAUCUUCAGUAGACUUGCACCGUUCGGGAAUCCUUACUACCCCACAAACAACUUCAGUACAGUACAUUUGGAAGAAAAUAUUCUCAUUUCUGACCUUGAGAAGAAUGAUCCAUAACAAUGAACUCAGAGAAUGCCACUGCCAUAAAGAUAAGUAAAGACUUAAGUGGAGUCUCCCCUGCAUUUUCCUUUACAGACUAGAUGCCACUAUAAUGUGAAUUGUAUUAUUUUAAUUAUUCUUAAACUGAUUACUGGUUUUGAACAGUAACCAAAUCAUAGAGGUGUUGAUUUAUUCAUUUCCCCAAACUGUGAUCUAUUCUUAAAAUGGGGAAAUUAUACAAUGGUUACUAGUCAGAAAACAAGAACUAGUAAAGGUAACUCCCUAUUGAAGACUCUUGAACUAAUGUGAAUAAUAGGUUUUGUAUUAAUAUAUUUCUACUGAAAUUUUAAAAGAUUUUUCAAACUAAUCUGAAACUAUUCAGACAUUUGCCCACACUUAAUCCAUUAAAAAAGGGAGAAAGCAAAACAAACUUUUAAACUCUAUACUUGUAUGCAAGAUGAAAAGUUAAAGACUUCUGAGAGGUUUCUUGUUUGUUUUUUAAUUCAAUCAUUUUAAAAACAGAGUUUAGGAAACUAAUUUCUAAGCUGAAAACUCACACAUUCCAGGCUCUAAACUAAUAUUUAAGCUGAUAUUUAUUUUUAUUAGUUCUGACUUCUGAAAUUAAAAAAGAAAAAUUACCUGUCUUUAUGUAGGAAAGAUCUUGGUUAGUACACUUGCAUAAGCAACCACGUAAUAUGGCCUAAAACCUUCAAUGACUAAAUAAUGACUAUGUUUGAUAUUUUAAAAUAUAGAUAAGCUUAAAAGAAUUCAUUAAAGUCAUACUAUUGUUAAAAUUCAUGGCCUUUCUUAAAACUAAAGGUAUAAAGUAAUAUAUAACUCUCCUGACAACUAAAAGAUAUAAAAUUUAAUUUGAAUUUAAAAGGGAAAAAAUGAAGAUCUGAACUACAGUACCAUUAGGACCACACUAGAGGAUAUAUGGAGAAGUAGUAAAUAAAUGACUCUCCAGUCAUAACCUAGAUACCUUUGCUAUAUAAAUGAGUUUAUAUGGGGUAUUCUAUUUAAUAAACUGUCGUUCUUAAGAACUAUCUCUGUGUCAGACUAGUUAAUGCAGUUGGUAAAUAUGAAUAAUAGCAUGACACUGUCCAUAAAUUAAAUACUGCAUAUUUGACUUUCUUUCACGAAUUUCUUAUAUGGAAAAGUGAUUUUAUAAUCAACAUUUUAAAGUUUACUCAUUACAUAAAUAUUCAUUGUGCUUGCUUUGGCAGCACGUUUACAUAAAUGUUCAUUGUAUUCCUAUUAAGAACCAAGUGCUGUUCUAGAAACUGGGUGUAUUGAGGUGAGGAAAUUAAUGAGAACUCUUGUUUUUAUGUCACUUAUUUUCUAAUGAGAGAAAAGUGAGAGCAAUCCAGUAAAGAUAUUCAUAAGUAGAAAACACCAGGUGGUUAUGAAAAUUAAGCAAGGUCUUGUGAUAGAGAGGAACCAGGGGAAUCUCCAGGCCUCCCUAGUGUGUGCAUUAUUACAUCCAUCUGCCUUGAAAUUAGUGGCCACUAGUCACAAGGUGGAGCUCUGGGAGAAAGUAUGAGUGAAUUUCUAAGUGGAAAGCCAUCAUCAUUAGAAAUAGAAUUUGAUGAGCAUGGAGUCCUUGUAGCUUGAAACAGUUAAUACAGCUUCUAAAAGAGGCUCCUUGCUACUGCUGUGUAGCUUCCACACUAGGAUGAUCUACUUCCACAAUUUUUUUUUUAGUUUUGAUAUUUCAUUUUUUAAAAGAUAUUAUAUUAUGCAGCAGUUGUAUAUUUAUAACUCACAAGAAUAAUUGGCUUGAACUAACCGGGUAUAAAAGCCCAAUUUAACAAUCUGUCAAGUGAAAUUAAAGUUCUGUUCUUUUUAGUGUACCUGGUAAAAACUGCUAAUCAAUUAUCCUUCUAGUCAAAGUAUAUUGAAGUGGAAUAGUCACACAUAACAAUUUGACCAAGUCUGUCAUUAAUAAAGUGGUUUUGCAGAAAGAAACUGCACUGUUUGUCAAUGCUCUGUACUUUGCUAUUUAGUAUUGAACUAUAUCUCUGGGGAAUCUGUCCCCAUGGACAAGAUCAUGCACUCCUUCUCAUUAUUUAAAUUUAAGAAAUAGAAAGUACUGAAAUAUUAUGUUUUAUUUAUAUAUGCGCACUUCAAAAAGCUUUUUCCACAUCUAUUUUUAAUCUGAACUAGAUUCCAUAGCUAUAGCAUGAAAAGCAAAAAGGCAUCAGAGUCACAAACUCAUUCACACAUAAUUAAUGUGCCCCUUUCCAAAAAAUCAAUUAUUAUCCCUGACUCUGAGUAAUGGAAAAUCUUGGAUUUUAUUUAUUUUAUUUUUUUUAAAUCUUGGAUUUUACAAUUAAAAGUAUCUUGAGCUCUUCCAAUUCCAACAGUCUUCUUUCAGUUUAAAUGCUUCUCCAAUAGAAAGUUCCUCUUCCUAUCAAGGGUGGAUUAGAUGGUCUCUUUAGGUAAACAGUCUUUUGGAGUUUUCUUUUCCUCCUCAAAAUGGUGUUGGAUAUAUGAGAACUUGUGUCUUUGUAAUACUGGGGGGAGAAAGUGAUAAGUGACUGUAAAUGUGUGUUAUCUGUGUCCACUGAGGGUAGUUGUCUGGCCCUAUUCCUGGGAACUCUGCUGGCCCUUAGGCUAUAGGCUUGAAGCCUAUAGUUGGUGAGAGUCUAUUGUCUUUGAUUUGCUCCAUUCUGGCUCUCCCUGGUACUGCCUUAUCCCCAAUAUAUUGGCUAUGACUCCCAUUCAAUUCUCUACCUGAACACUGCAGUUAUACACAAGGCCACUUCACUUCUGCAAUAGUGAGACCUAUCUAGUACCAUCAGUUACUCUACUAGGGAGUACUAAAUCCUGUAGCAAACAGUCCCCAAAUCUCAGUGGCUUAACACAGCAAAGGUUUAUUUCUCAUAGACAAUGGGUUUGCAAAAGGACUUUGCAUUCAAGGGUCCAGGCAUCUUCUAUAUAGUAAGACCUCUAACUUAUAGGGCCUUGGAGUCUUCCAAUGGGUCUCCUACCUCUGCCUCACAGAAGUUAACUUGAAAUCUAUCUUUGAUUAAGACUAUUGAUUAUUGAAAUACAUUCUUUAAGUUAAGAGUCAUCAUACUAAGAACACAUACUCUGAAGAUACAUAAAGAUUUUCAAGGGACACAGAGACAUGGAUAUUUUUAAGGAACUCAGUUUCCAGAAACUUUAACCUUCAUAUAUAUUCUUUCUUAGAAGUAACCUUCGCGAGAACACAUGUGAGAUCAGAGUGUCAUGAUGAUUCUUCUUUUCCACCUCUCUUGUACAAAUGCCCAUCACUACUGUAAACAAAAACAAACCAUGGCUUUCACUCCAAAUCUUGCUAUGAUGCUUUAUCUUGGGAAAAUUCUCCACCAAACAAAGGGAAAAAAUUCAAAGUCAUGAUGUCAAUGAAGAUUCUUUUAAUAAAGGAAUUCUAAAACCAG